UAGACGUACAGCCGACAACAGAUCUAGUACACAUUCAUCGGAAAUCUCUCUAAAUUUAGUGAACACGUGGCCGCUGCACAGUAACCCUCGUUGUUGUUUCACCGUUAACGGAAAUACCGAGUCAUUUCUCCGUAUACCGCACAUCACAGGCCUGAUUCUCCCACUCUCCCACCACCCAGUGGCCUUAGAUCAGUAUAGGCAAAGAGCGCGCGUUUGUUUGGCGUCCGCUAAAGAAGACGCGCACCAAGAAAAAGAGAGAGAAAAAGAGCUGAAUCGCGAGCGAUAAGUGUGUAUAACAUGCUCUUACGCGAGAUUGCGCGCUUAUCAUCGAGAAGUUAGUAUAGCUGCUCUCGCGGAGUGUGUCCGUGUUUUAGUCGUCGUCGUCAGCUGCUAUAUUACUCUCCGCGAUCGGUAUAAUCGCUCGGCGGCUGCAGACAGAGAGAACGCAGUAACAUGGGCGCGAGACAGAGACAGGUGAGCAAAGGCCAGGGGGCUAAGGAUCACACCAACACCUAUGUGAAGGACACCAGCGGCGAAAGAUCAUCACGGAUGUUGAGACGGCAGUGUUGGUCUAAAAGGAAAUAUCUGACGAUAGCUGGGGUUCUAGCUGUUUUAUUUUUAAUCUACAUCGGUUUGGCCAACGAUGUUAAACCUCUUCGACUUGGAAGCAAGGCCAUCGACAACUUGGCUAUCUCGCUGAACUUGCACAAGCCUUUCUAUGUUGUCAUUAUUGACGCUGGAUCAACUGCAAGCAGAGUGAUUGCCUUCACAUUCCAUGUUUCCGUUGUGAAUGGACAACUGAUUUUAGACGAUGAACUUUUCUACGAGACAAAACCUGGACUAAGCUCCUAUGCCAAGAAUCCAAAGGAUGUGAAACAGUCAUUGGAUAUUUUACUGCAGAAAGCCAAAGGUAAAAUACCGAAGUUGGAAUGGUCUCGAACUCCAUUGAGCAUGAGAGCCACUGCUGGUUUGAGACUUCUGCCUGGUCACAGAGCUCAAGACAUACUGGAGGAAUGCAAGAAAGUGUUCAACAACUCUGGUUUCAAAGUCUCAGAGGAUUCCGUCGCCAUCAUGGAAGGUUCUGACGAAGGUAUUUUCGCUUGGUUUACUGCCAAUUUCCUACUCGAGCGAUUCCCGAAAUCGGGUAGCAGUGCAGAGUAUGCAACCAAUACUGUUGCUGCAUUGGAUCUUGGCGGGGGUUCUACUCAAGUGACUUAUGCCAUAACUCCGACCAUGAUGGAGAAACAGGCAGAAGAGCUAGCUGCCCAUGAAAAAAAUUUGUAUAAUAUCAAUGCCUUUGAUAGAAAUAUAAGUGUAUUUACACAAAGCUUCCUGGGAAUGGGACUGAUGGCAGCCAGAAAAGAAAUCCUCAUGCAUGCUGACAAUUAUAAAAAUGACAGCAAAAAGCCGGACUUCACUGCAUCGUCUUCUGGACUGAUUGAAUUACGUGCAGAAUGCAUCAAUCCUAUCAUUUCUGGUGUGGAGUGGAACUAUGGUGGAAAGAAUUAUCUAGUUAAAGGGCCGCUUAAUGGCUCGCAUAAAAUUAUUAAAACACAAAACUUUGCUGGUACUGAUGAAGACAGGCCAAUAGUUCGAUUUUCUACCUGCCUUGAUAUUAUUAAAAAAGUAGUGAAUGCUGCAAUUCCACAUGAUCUUCCUAAUCUUGAAGAGCAUGAAAUUUAUGCUUUCUCAUACUACUUUGAAAGGGCUACCGAAGUUGGACUUAUAGAUCCCUUUGCAGGAGGCGUGAUUACGAUUGAAUCGCUCUACAAAGCUGCACUUGAAACCUGUGAAUAUCCCAACACGGAUCAACCUUUCAUGUGCUUGGAUUUGUCAUUUAUUUACACCUUGCUCCACGAUGGCUUUGGUUUGGAUACUAAAACGAAAAUCUUUCUCCGAAAGAAAGUUAAUGGUCACGAGAUGAGUUGGGCAUUAGGUGCAGCUUUUAACGUUCUGCAGAAGGAAUCGUGAUAUUUUAAUCAUUAACUAAAAUGAUACAGUUUGGGUGUGUACUGUGUCGAAUUUGACUUACAAUCAUAUGCACACCUUUGUGAUAUUUCUCACUUCGAAGCGCGGAUUCGUUCCGAUUAUUAAAAAAGCUUUUAUUGAUCAAUAUAGACUCAAUAUUAAUAUCUUUGUAAGAUGUGCUUUUAUGAAAGUUGACCCUUUUUGAACUAUUGUUAUUCUUACUAGUUUAUUGAAUCAAUGUCAAAAUUAUGAUAACUUGUUGUAUGUAUUCAAAAUUAUAUAGCUAUUUAUAAAUUUUAAAAUGUUUACGUAAUGUAUAUGUAAAAUAGCCAAGUAAAAAAGUAUUUAUUUAUUUUUAAGGAUAACAGAAAAUAUCUGCAAUUUGAUAAAGAUAUUUUUACAGUGUCUUAAAUAAAUAUCUCGAUAAUUCAAAUCAACAUUCUAAUGCACAAACAGUAUAUAGAUUUGUAAACACAUCGCUGACCUCUACAGUGCCUUUUCUGAAAACGAUUAUCAAUUCUAUUUAAUAUACCACGAAUCAUAGACUACAAUUUUUAUGAACAAAAAAGCUGUAAUACACUGAAUAUUAUAUUCAAUACGUACAAUGUGUCAAUAAUAUAUCUUGUAAGGCGUGGAAACCGUCAAUACAGUAUUUAUAUCAAUGUAAAUAAGUUGAGAAUAUAAAGUCUAAUCAAAAAAAUUAUACAGUUAAAGAGCAAUACCUAAGUGUUAUCCAAUAAAAAUUUUCUAUGGUAA